GGAAAAAAAAGGUACGUACCUUGGUUGGUGCUGCCCCCAAGGGCCACAGCCAAUCCGCGUUGCCCAAUUGAACAUAUAUCACGUGACCAGCUCAACCGCAACGCAAAACAGCUCUCUCCAUUUCCCUCCCCCAGUCGCCCAAGCACCUCUUCCCACCUCGUCCAUCCACCAACGCUUCUCAAUUCGCCUCCUAGAUCUUCUCCCCCCGACUUCACGCCAUGGAUCACGAGGAGGGUCACGGCCAGCCGGCCGUCAGCCAGGUGGAGAAGCCUUAUGUCGCGCACGACGUCCUCGACGAGACGACAAAAACUGCCGUCGUCGGUCUCGGCAGUGGUUUCUUCAUUGCUGCCAUCCAGAACGCCCUCUCGCACCGCAAUGUCGGUGCCAUGGGCGUUUUCACACGUGGUGCCCCCGUCAUUGGUAUUGCCGCUGCCGCGCCCGCUGCCUACACAUUCUUCUCCCGAACGAUGAUGAACUUGCGUGAAAAGGAGGAUCCUUGGGCUGCUGCCUUUGGUGGUUUCAUGGCCGGUGGUGUUCUCGGCUUGCCUUUCAAGCGCACACCCAUCGUCUUUGGCCUCGGCGCUCUCGUCGGUGGUGUCCAGGGCACAUUCUCGCUUAUGGGCGGCCGUCUGGAUAGCUGGAAGAAGGAGGACGACGAGUUUGAGCGCAAGGAAAUUGUGCGCAGAACGACGCGUGUUCCCAUCGAGCAGACCAUCUCCGAGAUUGGCGAGGGCCGUGGCAUUCGCGGCCCUGGCUUCGAGGAGCGCAGACGCCAGCACCUCAACGAAAAGUACGGCAUUGAGAUUAGCCCUGUCAGCACAACCGUCGAGGGCAGCCAAUAAAGGCUUAUCGACUGCUGUUGCUGCUUGUGUUUGUUCUUUUUAAAGCCUGUUUGCCAAAUCCUCUCCCCCCGACUACCAGGGUAAUGGUGGUGCUUUUUACUACAACCAUUGUACAUAACUAUUUCCUUAUUGUUGGACAUGUGUUCCUCGUUGCGGCAUGACCUGAGCCACAAGAUGCUUGGGCUAUGCGUCUGGACGGGAACAGUUUUCCCCAAUUGCCGAGCCCUGCUGCAAUUUGCAGUGUACGGAGAUGUCGCAUAAAGUCAAAGCGUCGCAUCUGCGUAGUGUAAAGAUCUAGCCCAUACUAUUACGUUAGAAACCAGAUAAAAAAUAUAAUGGCUAUGCUGUUUGGGAAUUCUCUCGUGGUCCAUGAAGUGAUUGUUCAUUAUUUUGAAUUACUAUGCUAUUUUAAUCCAACAACGCCAGCCCAAUUGAAAUGAUAGACACACAUUAUGCCUGAUCCUCUUUAUAGAGCCUUUACAGACUGGAAGAAUGGGUUUGCAAGCAGAGCCUCGUUGCCGCCGACAAGCUCCUUGAGCUUCGCAACCUGCUCGUCCUUGCUCAUGUUGCCAUUCUUGACCUGAUCCUUCCACUGCACAAGAACAGACUUGAGCAUGGCACUGCCCUGCUCGACGUCUUCCUUGCUAUAUGUCAAACCGCCAAGGUCCUCGUGCUUGGACGUAAAGUCCUCAAGCUCGUCAGCCUUGCGCUUAGCCAUGCGUACCACCUUGUCGGGGAAGCGAACAAGCUCGGCAACGUGGAUACCGAAACUUUGGUCGCAAAUACCGGGCUCAACCUUGUAGAGAAGUGUAACCUCCCGCUUCGUUCCGUUGUCGCCGUCGGAGAUGUGGGCAGUCACAUGAAGGUUAGCGACUUGGGGAUAUUGGUCUGCCAGAGCAGUAAGCUCGUGGAAGUGGGUUGCAAACAUGGCGAAGCAGCCAAUCUCCUUGACAAUGUGCUCGGAAAUGGCCCAAGCGAGACCAAAGCCAUCAUACGUUGAAGUACCACGUCCAAGUUCGUCGAUAAUGAUGAGCGAUUCCGAAGUAGCAGACUUCAGGAUAUUUGCUGUUUCGAGCAUCUCUGCCAUGAAUGUUGAUACACCCUUGAGCUGUGAAUCACUGGCUCCUACACGGGCUAGGAUGGAGUCGAAUAUCGUCAGUUCAGCUUCACUGCAAGGAACAAAGCAGCCAACUUGUGCCAUCAGGGCAAUAACGCCUGCCUGGCGAAUAUAUGUGGAUUUACCGCCCAUGUUGGGACCGGUGAUGAUUAGGAAAGACGACGAGUCACGCGUAAGGCUGAUGUCGUUGGUGAUGAACUGGACAUCGUCUUGAAGCUCCAUGCAAGGGUGACGAGCACCAAUGAGCUUUGUCUGGCCGGUACCACGAGCGUGGAUCUUUGGGCGGACGUAGGCUUCUGGUGCGUUGACCGAGCAGUGUGCAAGGGAAAUAAUGACAUCGAGAUGAGCAAGAACACCAGCUAGGCGCUCGAGCACAGGGCAGUAUGAAGAUGCAACUUGAACCACCUCGUUAACAAGGCCAGACUGUGUGCGGUUGUAGUUUGAAGAGAGCUGGUCGUGUUCACGGCGCAGCGCUUGCAUGCGCUUGGUAGUGAAGUAGACACCGUUCUUCUGCGUAGAGCAUUCUUGGUACUUGGACUUAUUUCUGAUGCAGCCUGCCUCUUGUCGAGUCAGACGCAUGCAUACACCAUGAACCUUGUGAUUUUGCUCGAGGAAGAUCUUCUUCUCAGCCUCCUGGUUGAGGUCUCGGGCCGCCUCGUGGAACUCAUCGCGGAUGUUCUUAUCGAGGUGGUCGAGCUUCUUGCGGAUGAUUCGCAGCCCAGCAUCGUAGUCUGACUUGAUAAUGUAUUCGUGGCGAUCGAGCGCAUCGAGAUCGACUGUCUGCUCGACCAUGUCCUGCAGCUUGCCCAAACCAUCUGACAUCUCGCGUAGCUUGCUGGUAUAUGCCUGAUCAAGAGGGUUGCUGUACGCCUCAUCCAUGACACCCUCCAGAGUGCCAAUGAAGCCUGGUAGACGAAUAACAACCUGGUAUGCGCGCACUACAUCUUCCAGGUUGGCUUUACCACGCUGGAAGCGUUUAGACAGACGAUACAAGUCGGGUACCGAUCGUAAAUGCUCUUCUUGCAUAGUUUGGCGUAAUUCUGUGUCACUGUAGAAUGCCUCAACGAGUUGCUGGCGUCUCUCAAUCUCGUCCUUGUUCAUCAGCGGCUGCUUGAGCCAUUGGGCUAGCAGACGGCUACCAGUGGGGGUCUUGCAGUGGUUGAGAACACCAUAAACACUCAUAGUCUUUGAACCGUCGCGGGGUCCAGGCAUGAGGUUGAUAGCCUUGAGAGCAGCAGCAUCAAGCUUCAUGUAUUGAGCAAGAUCGUGCUGGUAGAGAUUGUACUGGCCAAAGUUGGACGAGUCUUGCAGAAUGGUCAGAUACUUGAUGAGGGAUGCAGCAGAUCCCAUGGCGAGCUUGAGGUCUGUUUGAGGCAACAGAGCGACAGCCGUUUCGUCCUUGAGCAGACGAGCAAGAUCUUGCUCAAUAUCUUUGAUGCCAAAGUCGCUUGACGGUCUCUCGGCGAUGGCAACACCACAGUUAUCAAUAAUUUGCUUUAGUUUUGCGAGUUCGGGAUCCUUGUCCUUUUCUCCCUUAUCUUGUUGUACGAUGCACUCGCGGAUGCCAAGUUGAAUGAGGAGGGCCUCGAAGUUGGAGUAUAGGUCGUUGUCAAGGAACUCACUGACACCAAGCUCUCGGACACUGGCAUCGGCGAAGCAAACACCGACACUGCGUGCUUCACUUGCCUUUGCCAGGAUCUUGACUGCCAUAAUCAUAGGCGCCGACUCAAUUUGGCCACCAAGCUCAUCCUCAACAUCUUGCAAGUUACCAGGAGACGCCUGCUUGACACACUUCCAGUUCAUGCGGCCAGAAGGCGAUGCCCAAAUCUCGACUCGCUUUCCCAGCUUGAAGAGGGCUUCUCGAAGGAAUUGUCGGAAGACUGUGACGGUCAUGGUAACCGAGGGCAAUCCAGUAUGAUCAUUUCGGCCGAGCUGACGGAUAACGGAGGUUGUCUUGUAUACCUAU